AUGUCUUUCUUCAAAAGUAUGUCCGCUACUACCAUCCUUCUGCUCGCCGCUGCAGACGCAGCCGUUCUUCCUCAACGCCGUGCCGGCGGACUCGGUUGCACCCCUCCGGAAUUCGCAAAGAACGAAUUUCAAAACUGGCAGUCCUCUGCGCCCUUCACAAAGGAUCCCGUCAUGGGCAGCCCAGUCUUCUGCAUUUCCAACGCUGAAGAUAACUGCGAAUUGUCCCAAGGCAUCGCACACACGGAGGGAGUCGAAGACAGCGUGGAAGUGUCGGUCAGUGCUGGCUUUACUUUCGCCGAGGUAUUCGAAUUGGGUGCAAGCGUCGCCUACGCACACGCUUGGAGUUCCUCAGACGAAACAUCUUUCGGGGACACCCAGCUCUGCCCUGCGGGUGGAAUAGAAUGCGGCGUUGUUGCUUACCCAAAGAUUGUCACUGUCAGUGGGCAGGUCAGGAAGGUGACUGAUCGUGGCUGCGGCGAUGCAUUAGCCUGGACAGAUUUCUCGUUCACUGCCCCAUCCAUCGAGAACGUGAGCGGUUCUAACGGGAAAGGCAGCACUACCUUCAGGACUUGUCUGCAGUCUUGUGGAACCCCAGAUUUCCCUGACUCUUGCGCGCCUGCCAAAACGCUCCCAAUCUGCCCCAGUGCUGAUCCGGGAGUGAAGGUUGGUCUUGGAAACAUCGGAGGAACUGUUGGAUUCAUUCCUACUGAGCAGUUCGGCCAGCCUAUCGACCCCGUCGAGGGAAGCGAGUAG